CGGCGUGUUUCGUGUGUGUGUGUGUGUGUGUGUGUGUGCUUCAUCAGCUCUCAGCUAACCCUAGAUCACUGCCAGCAUGAUGAUCGUGUCCUGGAGGACAUGGUUGAUCAGCGCACUCUACCUCCUGACGCUGGCCGUCACGGGAGGCGUCACAGAGAGCAGCUACGUCCGGGAUGAAGGCGGCUGUCAGACGAGUGGUUGCGUUUCGCAGCAGGGCUGCGUUCCACGUUACAGCCAGUAUACGACGGCCCUCUACUGUCAACGGUGCAUCAUCGAUCGUUGCCGGUCGGUGGAAGCGAACAUGCCACGUCGCGUCUGCUAUUACCUAAUCUCAAUCGCCAGUGGUCAACGAUUAGCUGCGGCCGAGAACUACGAUCGUCGAACAAGCCAACGGUACGCCUCCGUACUGUACACCAGUGAUCGUGCUGAUAAUGACGAACGUGGCCAUGAUAAGUGGCAUCUGAUCGGAAGUGGACGUGGCCAUGACUACUACAUUCGUAACUUUCGUACCGGAGAGUAUCUGCGAGUGCAGGAGAACAACUUUGCGUACUUGGCGCAGGGUCAACCGAUCGAUGAUAGCUUCCUCUUUAAGCCGCAUCUGGUCGAUGGAUCCUGGUCCUGUGUGUUGCUACAGUCCGUCUGCUACGGUGGCUAUCUGUACGGCGAGCGAUACUCAGCGGCCAGCAAUUUCGUGCUGAUGACGCGCGAUCUGCAACGCUGCUACCGGGAAAGCUUAUGGCGAGUGACGUCCGUGUACUGUUGAGGGCGCUUGCGUGUGCAUGUGUGUGUGUGUGCCUUGUUGAAAAUCGUUAGAUAAUCUGUGUGCGAGGAAGUACUCAAUGUUUUGCAAAAGGAACGAUACUACUAAACGUGCUUUUUGGUGAACUAAAAUUAGAUUCGAAUGUUAUUUCGGUGUUCAAGAAGUUUCCAGAGUGUUUUA